AUGCCAAGGACCAGCUUGGACUCGUCCCGAAGUCUCAAGACGCUGCCAAACCCUAGCAGAGGACUGCCCGAUCCCAACGACGGCCUGGGCGGAUACGGCCUGCCCUCCACCAUCCGGUCGAUACAAAAGACGGGCUUCCGCAGGUGGGGCUUCCGCAUCUACCGCUGCACAUACGACGACGACGACGACGACGCCUGGGACCGCUACGUGGGCAACCUAGAGCACAGGCUCCAGAAGGGCCUCAAGGCGACGGGGUCCGACUACAUGCUCGCGCCGUACCACGAGUGGACCAUCGUGGAGGACCGCGAGGCCCUGGACGGGGCGGCGAAGGGGGAGGUGCGCUCGCGAUUUCGGCGGUGGAGAGAGGCUCGCUCGGUGCAGCGGGACGGGCCUGGGGCGGACCACGAGUUGAUCGGGUUGAUCGGGCUGGUGGCGCGGUUCGAGGCGUGCAUCAUGGUUGAUGAGGAGUGCCUGGACUCGAUGGAGAAGAAUAAGGGCAAGGCCAAUCGGUUUGAGCCGUAUUUUGUGGUGAUCGGGCACCAAGGCCUCCCACUGAGGAGGAGUUGGAGGAGCUCAGAGAAACUGGGGAUGAGGUCGUAUGUGGUGUUGUACGAUGAGCUCUGUGGGAUGGGGCCUUGGUGGAGGCGGAGGCAGGACCCUCCCGACAUCUAUCCCUACAUUUGA